AUGAGCCAUCGAGAUAAUGAUUAUCGAGUGGAUUGGAAAUUCAUUCCCGCUGCUUCCCCAAAUUUCGGUGGAAUUUGGGAAGCCAACAUAAAAUCGGUCAAGUCGCAUUUGAUAAAGGUGAUUGGCGAUCAACUAUUGACCUAUGAGGAGAUGAAUACUGCGUUGGUUCAAGUGGAGGCGGUGUUGAACUCUCGGCCAUUGUGCCCUUUGAGCGAGGAUCCAAACGAACCUCUCGCCUUAACUCCGGCUCAUUUUUUGAAGUUGACACCGUUGACGGCUUUUCCAAUGAAGGAUGUGACCGACAUUCCCGUCAAUCGUCUCACUCGUUACGAACUCAUCGACCAGCUUGUUCAAUCGUUUUGGAAUAAGUGGAGAAAGGAGUAUCUCCAUGAAUUACAAGUACGUGGAAAGUGGUCCAAGUCAUCACCUCUUCUCACUGUUGGAACGGUUGUGAUAGUGGAUCAGCCUAAUCUACCCCCAUUGAAGUGGCCUCUAGGAAUCAUUGAGGAAGUGUUUCCUGGAGCCGAUGGUGUCAUACGCACAAAAAACAGUCGAAUAACAUACAGCAUCUCGGAGUGGGACCGCUCCAAGGCCAACUUCACAAUAGACCCGGCGACAGGCACUCUAAAGCUGAUGGGUCGCAUUGACUUUGAGCGGCUGCCCAGAGGAGGCGGUCAAAAGGCGUUGAAUCCGUUUCCCGUCCACCUGAAGGUGAGGGCCACGGACAUGGGCUCUCCCCCCCUCCACUCCGAGGUGCCUGUCACCAUCUACAUCCAUGAUGUCAACGACUUUGCGCCCCAGUUCGAGGUCGACAGCUAUGAGAAAACUAUACCCGAAGAUCUGUCUGAAGGCAGUUCUGUUCUACAAGUGAACGCGUGGGACGGUGACGGCUCGCCGCCGAACAACGUGGUGGUGUACCGCAUCCAAUCGGGCGCCGGCGACAAGUUCACCAUGGACGUGGCGACCGGCGUGAUUCGGGUGGCGCGCGGCGCGAGUCUCGACCCGGACGGCACGCAGCCGCGCACGCUGCGUUACGCGCUGGUCAUUGUGGCGCUCGACGGCGGAAUUGGCGCGCACCAGCUCAGCGCAACUGUUCCCGUGCAGAUCACGAUCGAUGAUGUCAACAAUAAGCCGCCUGUGCUUGCCGAACCCGGGACUGUGCGCAUCAAGGAGAACACUAGGGUGGGUCAAGUGGUGCACAGAGUGGUUGCCCAGGACCCGGACGAGAGCCCGGUGCUGCGAUACACCCUGGACGCGGACAGCUGCGAGGCUCGCAGCGAGGAGGGCACACUCGUCAAAGCGGCUGAGUUCGACUUUGUCGCCGCAUUCGAGCUCAAUCCGCUCGACGGACGGCUUAAGGUGGUGCGGCUGCUGGACAGGGAGCGUGUGGAGACCAUCCGGCUGGCGAUCCGGGUCGAGGAUCUGGGGUCGACUACCGGUGUGCAGACCGAUACCGCCGUCUUAACAAUUGUAAUUGAAGAUGAGAAUGACAACAAUCCUCAGUUCCGCAAACCAUUCUACCGACGCUCCAUCACCGAGAACAGCCAGAAUGGGAUCACCAUUGUCAACAUUGUGGCUGAUGACGCCGAUAAGAAUCGAACCAUCUCGUACUCUCUUGAAGGCCCUCAAUCGAUGACAGACCUGGUUCACCUGGACAGGGAGACGGGUGAGAUGCUGGUGGCCAGCCGCAUAGACCACGAACAGGUGGCCUGGCUCAACAUGACUGUGCGUGCCACCGACUCAGGCGUUCCCUCCCGCUCCUCCUUCGUCGACGUCUUCAUUCAGGUGCUCGACGAAAACGACAACAAUCCGUACUUUGUCGGAGAGACCACCAAUAUCACCAUUCGCGAGGAUACACCUAUCGGCACUGAAAUAGGUAGAAUUGAAGCCAUGGAUGCGGACUCUGGUGACUAUGGGAAAAUAACAUAUCUUCUGGAUCGUAUUUCAUCUCUGGGUAAGUUCCAAAUCAAUCCAGAAACGGGUGUGCUGAACAUAUCAGAUCGCCUGAACAGAGAGGAGCAAAGUGCCUACAUGUUGGUCAUUGAGGCCUGGGACAACUAUCAGUUCGGAUACGCUAGCGGCGAGAGUCGCAACGCUUUCAAGCAGAUUGUAGUGAACGUAUUGGACGUGAAUGACGAGGCGCCGGUGCUGGAUCGCUUGCCUGAGCAGUGCGUGACCGUGACUGAGUUCCACGAUCCCAGUGACGUCAUCACGCAGCUCAAGGCCACAGAUGCUGACGAUCCCAACACACCCAACAGCUGGGUGCAGUUCUCCUUCAUCGCUGGCAAUGAUGAUGGUCUCUUCCAGAUCAAGCCGGUGGACAACUGGUCAGCGCAUGUGUUGAGCACCGGACCACUGAAGAAGCGCUACGGCAAUUACAGUUUAGUGGUGCGCGCGCAGGAUCUCGGGAUGCCGCCAAACUCGGUGGUCGCCAAUCUGCACAUCUGUGUCACAGACUUCAACGACAACGCACCACGCUUCCUCAGUCCCCGCAAUAUCACCAUACGCGUCGCUGAGGCAGUAAAAGAGCUGGACAGAGAGGUGCAAGAACGACAUGAGUUGAUAGUGAAGGCGAGCGAAGACUGUGCCACGACUCCACCCACCAACAACAGCUGGUUCGAGCUGCGAGAUGAGACUCUGCUCAAGUUGAUUGUCAACGUCAACGAUAUCAACGACAAACCGCCGUUGUUCGUCAAAAAUGUGUUCACGGGAGGUGUUACAACCGAGGCUGACUUUGGCACUGAGUUCAUGCACGUCAAGGCAGUGGACGCGGACACGGGCGAGAACGCUGUGAUCAACUACUACAUGCUAGGGGAGACGCAGAUGACCCUGAGCGAGGGCAUGGAGGGCAUCCAGCAGCCGCCCUUCCUCGUCGACCAGGGCACGGGGGCCAUCCACCUCAACUUCGACCCCCAGAAGGGCAUGAAGGGAUACUUCGACUUUAUGGUGAUGGCGAACGACAGUGGUGGUCUCUACGACAUGGCGCGAGUCAUGAUCAUUUACCUGCUCCGUGAAGAUCAGCGAGUUCGAUUUGUAUUACGUCAGCAUCCCACCGAGAUCAGAGAAAAGAUCGAUCAUUUCAGAGAAAUUUUAGGAAACGUGACUGGCGCAAUAGUGAACAUAGACGAGAUGAAAGUGCAUGAAACCCGCGACGGUCGAGUGGACAAAACACGCAGCGACCUCUACAUGCAUUUCGUCAACCUGACUGACCAUUCUAUCAUGGAAGUCAACUCUGUGCUAAGACUGAUUGAUCAAAGCAUCGAGCGGCUAGAUACUCUAUUCAAGGAGUUCAACGUGCUGGACACACAGGGCGCAGAGCGAGUGGUGGCGUUGCGAAUCGCCGGCCCGGACAGCGUGGUGUGGAUGUGGCUGGUCGGCUGCACUCUCUUCCUCACUUUGCUGCUGGUUGUCGUUAUCGCUCUCUGUCUGUCGCAGCGCGCUCGCUACCAGCGCCAACUCAAGGCCGCUACCAUCACUGCUUUCGGUACUACAGAAUCUGAUUUAACGGGCAGAGUGGCCGGAAGAGUUCCAAAUACCAACAUGCACAGUGUGGAGGGUUCGAAUCCCAUCUGGAUGCAAGCUUACGAGAAUGAAUGGUACAAGGAGGAUGAUUCGAUGAGUCAAGCGUCUGAACGCGACUCGCUCGAUGAGAACGCUGUUGUCGCACUGACUACGCCAAACGAUGGAGGCGGUAACUCCUCAUGCAACAGUCGUUCGAACAUGAUCAACGUGUCGGCCGUCGACGUCCCAGCCAUGGUUAAGGAGCAGAACGAUCUGAACAAAAAUGGCGGCGGCUACCACCAGAAUCUCUACCAUCAUCUGGACAAGCUCAGCAAUCCUUUGAUUGCUAAAAAACUUGAAACUACUGAGUUGUGAAGCUGAUUCAGUUCUUUUCAUUUGAUUUAUCCAGAUGGUACUGGAGAUUAACGGUAAAGCUAGCUACUCUUGAAGUUGAUUCUAGCCGCCAAUAUUGUUAAAAUAACUAGAAUAUUUGAAAUUGAAUAUUUUUGCAGAAAAGUGGAUCAGUUCAGAGCUACUCAAAUACAGAACUGUACGAAACACAAUAAAAAAUUAUCAAAAGUACCCUUCAUUUUACUCGAUAUAAGUGUUUCAAGAGUUUCUAUUCUUCAAGAGUCAUUUCCCAUAAUGAAACAGGUGAAAAUUUUUAAAUUAAUAUAUAUUAAAUCUUGGAUCACACCAAUCAUCGAAAAUGAGAAAUCAACACAUUUAGGCUCAACCCACACUUACGCGACCCAGGCCGAGAAGAGACUCUACUCUAGUCGAGAGCAUGUGUUUUCAGAUGGUGACGAAUCGACUGGUCUGAGUGUCAUCAUUUGGAAACACACGCUCUCGACUAGAGUCGAGUCUCUUCUCGACCUGAGUCGCGUAAGUGUGAGUAAAUGUUAACUAUAAAUGGAAGAAAGAUAUCAACACUUGAAAAAGGCUCUUGAAGAGUUGAAACUAGUGAAUUUCCAAAUAAAAUUGAGGGUGGUUUUGAUUAUAUUUAAUGUGUAUUGAUAAUCAGUAGCCCUAGAAGGAAGAGUGAGAACUGUACAAGUAGUUAUAGAAUCUUCAUAAGAUGUUCUCUAGUGUACCUUGAUAUUUAAUAACUUGUAAGAGUGGACAUCUGGAGAGUCUAACUCUAUUCUUCAUGAUUGUGUCUUCACUGUGACGGUGAAAUCUAUUAAAAAUCGAAUUCCAAAUAUGAAAGUAGAUUUAUUAAAAGCAAUAUUGUCCAUAUAGGGACUUACUUUAUGAAUCUUUGUAUAUUCUAUGUAGAUAAUCGAUUCAAGAGUGUAUAAAUAGUAGACUAUUAUUGGGAAGACGAAGAACUCUUCGAUAAUUUCAUAUCAGAUUUAAUUUAUAAAAACUAUUUCUUGAUGCCAAAGUGUAAAUUUGUUUUUUUUUGUGGAAUUUGUUGAGAUUAUUAAUAAAUAAUUGAUAUACUCCACAUCAGUGUGAAAGGCCAAGUUUGAAUUAUCUAGUGUAUGUAGUAAAGAUAAGAAAUCAUUUUUAAUUGUCUGUAUUGAUGAGCUUAUAAUUAUAUUCCUUUUGUAUAAAAUGUAUAGUUUCAUAAUGUUUGUAGAAAAAUAAAGAAGUUCUUU